UCGAAAUAGUCACACAAGAAUUUUUAAAGAAGGUUCAGCCGUCCGUACGUUAUGCCAAUCAUGCAUCGUUAGCCAACCAUUUCCUUUUUUCACAAUGAUGAAUUAUAACUGCAAUAUUUCAAUACAACAUGACUUGUUUACUAACAUUUCCUUACCUUUUCGCUUUAUUUUUUUCUGUUUCUUGCCUUGAGAAGUACUAUACCAUCAAUAGAAUUUCAACUCCUUCUUUAUCAAACGAAGUGGACGUAUUCGACGUUCCUGAGUCUCAAUGCCCAUCUAUAUCGCAGUGUUCUAACUACAACAAUACGGAGAGUUCGGCAACUGGGCCAGCAUGUAAGUGUACCUGUCUAUCAAACGCCUCGACGUUUGGUCUUCUAGAAAGAUCAUGGUCUUGUCUGAAAAACACUGAAAUGAGAGCACAGUCAGGCUGCCAAUUUAUGUUUAUACCUGAAAACGAUGAAGACCCUUUCAGAAUCUUGAAGAAGAAUGAGAGUCCAUUACCUACAGCAGUUCUGCCAUCAAAGCAGUGUUCCAUCGACAUGCCAUCUUCUAAGUACUUCACAUGUGACGGUACAUGGGCAGAGUUAGAUCCUAAUGGUACAACGGCCAAUCCACUCCGCAUAUCAGUCAAAAAGAGUCAAAUGUCUAAUCCUGAACAUCACGAGUAUUCAUUUAAGGUUAUAGAUGUUGCUUCACUAAAAGGAAAAAUUAUCAGCCUGCAGUUUAGGUGUACUCGAAAUGGGGGAAUGCUUCAGUCAUCUUGUCUUGUCUUCAAAAUGGAGGGAGCAUUCAAAUGUCCUGUAAACCUACUCCAAUCUUCAUCAACUAAGAAGCCAGUGGUAAAACCCACAACGUUUUUAUUUAGCUUACCAAAGCCAAGCCACAAGACACCAGGUGUAGAGUCUGAGGAAGACGAAGGAAAAGAAGCUUCAUCAGGAACGAUAGCAGCUGUUGUCGUCAUCGUCUUCUUUGCUAUACUUCUGGCAGCAUUCAUUGGCUUUGUAAUCUGGAAGAGAAAAAGAGGAGAAAAUUUGAGGAUUAUUGAACAACUCGCACGUUUAGGAAAUGGAAAGCAAGUGGAACCCGACGAAAAUAUAUACGCAGAAGUAGCUCAACAAUCACAUGUAAGACCAACACAGACAAGGACAGAUGUCCUGACCAAAGGGAUCAACAAUGAUGGUUUUGGAGACUCCGCGUCAAAACGUUUGCAGCAGUACGAUGGUUCUUUGUAUGCGGAAGCAGAUUUUUUAACCACAAAUGAACAUUCUGUUGAUGAUGCUGAGGGAUAUUUGGUACCUGUAGAUUAUCCUCUUUACUUAGAACUUCAACCUCCAAAAGAAAGUAUACAAGAAGAAAAUCCCAAAUCUGAGAAUGYGUUGCUAAAUUCUUUACCUGAUGAUGCUGAAAGCUUUGAUUUGCAUUCUUAUGAAGUCCUUGACGACCCAAAUGAUCAGACCACAAAUGGUUAUGCGGGGACGUCAACCGCUCCUCAAAGUGACACUCCUGAGGAAUCGUGUAGUGGUCGUGUUGGGAGUAGCAAUGGUAGUCCUACAGCAACAACUAGACCUUCUGCAGCAGGUAAUAAAGGACCCGUUGCCAAGGAGAGAAGAAGACCACCGAGCCCACCAAGGAAAGAACAUAAGGCUAUUUCAUCUUCUGAUAAAGACAACAAGCAUGACAAGUUGAAUAUACGAACUGAUGAACAUGGCGCAUUAGAGGAUAAUAGACUUGAUAAUCAUUGCAAAUCCAAUAUGUAUGAAAGUCUCAAGGAAGACGAGAGAGUCACCUCAAUAUAUGAAACACUUGAUAGAACAAAUGACUUAAACAAGUAAAAAAUGAACAAUUUAACACUGAUGAUUAUUAAA